AUGCAAUUAAAGUGUGAACAACACUCGUAUUCAGCAUGCGUCUAUUGGCAGGCUGUGGAAAUUAGUGAUACGGCUAUUCUUCUUGCAGCCGUAAGGAGUACAUAAUGGUUUCUCCUCAUAUCUAUCGGUGCUGAUCCCCACCUCUGGGCCUGACCACAUCCCCUUUUGUACUUAUCUAAGCUUAAAAUUUCCUGCAGAGAUGGAAAUGGAACCAGCUUGCUGAAGUGGCGAGGUCUGUGUCUCUGUUGACUGAUGGAUGAAGGGGUUUAAAAGGUGGACCGACUCGCACCUUUGACUCAGAACGAGAGCAUCAGUCAGUCGCGAUGGGAGGACUAGACCUAAACCACGUACACGAGGCCAAGGGGGAUGUGGAAGUGGUUCAACCGGUGUCUCAGGAUGACUUCACUGGGCUCUCAGGGGAUGCUAUCCAAAUUGACCCGGAGGAGGAGAAGCGUCUGGUUUGGAAGCUUGAUUUACAUAUAUUGCCUUUCGUGGUACUUUUGUACCUGUUCAGUUUUCUGGACCGAGUGAACAUCGGCAAUUCCCGUCUGUACGGCAUGGAAGAGGACUUGGGUCUCGUCGGCGAUCAGUAUCUAACUGCGGUUUCUAUCCUGUUUGUAACAUACUGCUUGUUCGAAGUACCAUCGAACCUGGUUCUAAAGAAGUUUACACCAUCUCGCUACAUCGCCGCGAUCGCAAUAAUAUGGGGCGUCAUCGCAACUCUGACAGGAAUCACACAAAACUACGGCGGCCUGGUGGCCUGUCGAAUCCUCCUUGGAGUCGUCGAGGCGGGCCUUUUCCCCGGUAUGAUGACCUACUUAACCCUGUUCUACGGCAAGCGAGAACUUGCGUUACGAACGAGCUAUCUGUUCAGCAGUGCUGCCGUCGCUGGCGCUUGCGGUGGUCUGCUGGCAUAUGCAAUCGGGUACAUGGAUGGCAUAUGCGGCAUGCGAGGCUGGCGAUGGAUCAUGAUCAUCGAGGGUAUGCCGACCGUCGUGAUCGGCGUGGCGACAUGGUUCUUCCUCGCAAACGAUCCUGAGACCGCAUACUAUCUGAACGAAGAAGAAAGGGCGCUCAUGGUCGCGCGACGCAGUCGUCACCUGGGCCAAACGGCAUCUGCUCAGAAGUUCCACUGGGCAGACGUGAAGGAGGGAGCACUGGACUGGAAGAUAUACGCAUUCUGCACUGGACAAUUCGGUGCCGAUACAAUGCUUUACGGUUACAGCACUUUUCUUCCGACGAUUAUUAAAGGGAUGGGGUCAUGGUCGACGCCGCAAAUCCAGGCUCUCACUAUCCCCUGUUACGCUGUGGGUGCCAUCGCAUACAUAUCCAUUGCCUGGCUCAGUGACCGGACUCAACGCCGCGCCAUAUUCGUAUGUAUCUUCGCUGCGAUUUCCGUCGUGGGUUACGGGGUUUUGAUCUCGGAUUCGUCGUCGGGCGUACAUUACUUCGGGGCCUUACUCAUCGCACUGGGCCUAUACGUGGCGGUCGGAAUUCCGCUCGCAUGGCUGCCGUCAAAUCUCCCUCGCUACGGCAAACGGACCUAUGCGACGGGCCUGCAGCUCACAUUUGGCAAUGUCAGCGGUGUCAUGUCCCCAUUCCUGUACAAGGCGUCUGAAGCGCCCCGCUAUGUUCGCGGGAAUGCCGUCACCUUGGCCAUGGUUGGAUACGCCGGUAUCCUGUAUGCUGUUAUGUGGUUCUGUCUGCAUCGCAUCAAUAGGCGCAGGGGGCAGGGGCUGGAAGAUGACAAAAUCGAGGGCAUGACGGAAGAAGCGAUCCAGGAGAUGGGAGACCGGAAUCCACGAUUUCGCUACGCUUUCUAGGUGUUGCUUGCUUAUGUAGUUUAACCCAUGGCAUAUAUUUAUCUUUGUUUCGCGGCUUUAGGUAAGGCACUUUCAAUGACUGAGAGGUCGAAUAGUGCAUAGAAGCUAGCUCAGUAUUCUGACACACGGCAAGCGGGGCGCCAGAAACGGCUCCCAUUGCUUGCCGUCCUGCCUCCUCAGACCGCC